AUGAAGACUGUAGCUGGAGAUGUUCCCACAAGUUGGAUGAACCAAGUCACAAGUCGCCUUCACGCUUUCCGUUCCCCUGGACCGAGAAAUUACCCAGCUCUAACAGUGGGUGAGUACGGUCCGCUGGCUAUACUCCGGCAAGGUUACCUCUAUCUCUUCAUCUUUAUAAUCCGGCUCAAUCACAAUCCGGCCCACGCACGCCCUCCUCUCGGAAUUCGAUUGAGUAAUAAAGCAACGAAGAUUGGUCACCUUUAA